UAUUUGAUUUGAUCACUGUAAUGAAUACUUGCCGAAAAUUUCUCUUUAACCUAUAAAUUUCAGUGUCAUUGGUGAGUUUCUUCUUCACUCACUCAUCACUGUUUCAUUCUUUUCAUUCAUUCAUUCUUCUUCUUCUUCAAACUCAGCUAUGAAUGCUUUAGCAGCCACAAACCGCAAUUUUCAACGUGCAGCUCGUAUUCUCGGCUUAGAUUCUAAGCUUGAGAAGAGUCUUCUUAUUCCAUUCAGAGAAAUCAAAGUUGAAUGCACGAUCCCUAAAGAUGAUGGUACUCUUGUUUCUUAUGUUGGGUUUAGGAUCCAACAUGAUAAUGCUCGUGGUCCUAUGAAAGGAGGGAUUCGUUAUCAUCCUGAGGUUGACCCUGAUGAAGUGAAUGCUCUAGCUCAGCUGAUGACAUGGAAGACAGCUGUAGCAGACAUCCCCUAUGGAGGUGCAAAGGGAGGGAUUGGUUGCAACCCGAGGGACUUGAGCAUCAGUGAGUUAGAACGUCUAACUCGGGUUUUCACCCAAAAGAUUCAUGAUCUCAUUGGCGUUCAGCGAGAUGUUCCUGCUCCUGAUAUGGGAACCAAUGCUCAGACCAUGGCAUGGAUUCUUGAUGAGUAUUCAAAGUUUCAUGGACAUUCACCUGCUGUUGUGACGGGAAAGCCUAUUGAUCUUGGUGGCUCUUUGGGAAGGGAAGCAGCCACAGGUCUCGGAGUCGUUUUUGCAACAGAGGCUUGGUUAGCUGAAAAUGGGAAGGCAGUUUCUGACCAAACAUUUGCCAUUCAGGGCUUUGGAAAUGUUGGAACAUGGGCUGCUAAGGCUAUUUUUGAGAGAGGGGGUAAGGUGGUUGCUGUGAGUGACAUCACUGGAGCCAUAAAAAAUCCCAAUGGAAUUGAUAUCACUGCUCUUCUGAAACACAAGGAAACCAAUCCAAACUUGACAGAGUUCCAAGGAGCAGAUACCAUGGAUCCAAAUGAAGUGCUUGUUCAUGAAUGUGAUGUUCUUAUCCCAUGUGCCUUGGGCGGAGUUCUAAACAAGGACAAUGCUGCUGAUGUGAAAGCUAAGCUUAUUGUAGAAGCUGCAAAUCACCCCACUGAUCCUGAUGCUGAUGAGAUCUUGUCCAAGAAAGGAGUCACUAUAUUACCUGAUAUUUAUGCUAAUGCUGGUGGAGUUACUGUGAGCUACUUUGAAUGGGUUCAGAACAUUCAAGGUUUUAUGUGGGAUGAAGAAAAAGUGAACCGUGAGCUGAAGAAGUACAUGAGCAAGGCUUUCCUAGACAUCAAGGCAAUGUGCAAAAUUCAUGAUUGUGACUUGAGAAUGGGAGCCUUCACUCUGGGAGUGAACCGUGUCGCCCGUGCAACACUUUUGAGGGGUUGGGAAGCUUAAAGAGCGAUUCAAUAUGCAUUGCUCCUUUUUGUUUACUUAUAUCAGAAUCAGUUACACCAUUGCUCAGUACUGCAAAAGUAGAAAUUUUGUCUUGUUUUACUUUUCAGUUAGGCUUUUGGUAUCUUAGCAUUAGUCAGAUAAUUGAUAUAGUUAUUUGAGACGUCAAAUAAAAAUAUUAUAGCGCCACCAUUUUUAUCCAGGAAUUUAAGAUUAAGUUAUAGCUAUCCUUUGGUUCUCU